GUUUGGGCAACUAACUGAUCAGACAUAUAAAUUCAGAGGUUGAGGCCCAGUCCUUUGGCCAGUCUGAAGCUCCAGAGCAUCUCAUCGCUGUGUUUGUGACUGGAAAAGCUUUGUUGUCUGUGAGUGUCAUCAAAACUGCGAUGAUGAGAACCUAUCUGAUUUUGUUGGGUCUGCUCUCCCUGUGCGGCCUCUGCUUCAGUUCAGAGUGUAAUGCAGAGUUUCAGCAGAAUGUGGAUUUCCCAGGAACAGAUAUACAACAUCUCUACUCUCCUGAUGCUGAGCAUUGUCAGCACCUUUGCACCCAGCACCCCUCCUGCCAGUUUUUCACUUUUAUUCGGUCAGACUGGACCAGAGAUAACAGGCACUUCUACUGUUACCUGAAGUCCACUCCCUCUGGAGUGCCAAAUAAGAGGGCUCCACUGCUGGGCGUUACUUCAGGCUUCUCUCUGAAACCCUGCAACCCAGUCCCACAGCCCUGUCUGUCUAAGGUUUACCAGAAUGUCGACUUCUUUGGUGCAGACUACCAGACAUUAUUCACAGCUGACUAUGAGAGCUGUCAGAGAGCCUGCACACAGGACCCAUCCUGUCAGUUCUUCACUUUUAUGAAUAAUGUCUUCACAUCAGAAACUAUCAGGUACAAGUGUCACCUCAAGUUCAGCUGGACAAUCCCCAGGCCACCUCUUGUUUUAGGGCAGACUGGUGUAGUGUCUGGAUUCUCCCACAAAACACAAAUGGGCCUAAACUUUGACACAGCCUGUCAGGGCAAGCUUUUUCAAAACACUGCCAUCCCAGGAAACAGCCUACAGGCUCUGCCCGCCUCCUCUGCUGAACACUGUCGGAUGCUGUGCUCCGCACAUCCAUCCUGCACCUUCUUUGCUUUUACACGUGAAAGCUUCACGUGUAACCUGAAGAGUAACGUAAAUGAAAUGGUGACCGUGGCUAAAGCAGGAGUCACCUCUGGAUUACCAGAACGCUUCUGUCAGCUCGAUAACAGCUGGAUAAAGGAAGCUCUAGAAGAUGUUGAUUUUCAAGGUUCUGACAUUGGCUUUGAGUAUAUGGAUGAUGCAAAAACAUGUCAGAGGAAAUGUUCUGAGGAUGCCAACUGCCAGUUCUACGCAUACGCCAGUGAACGCGUUUCUAACCCUGACUACUGGCGCCGCUGCUAUUUCAAGCGUGUCAUCACAAUGCCUGCUCCUCCUAAAGUUGUUAAACUGGCAAAUGUUGUGUCCGGCUUCACCCUGAAGAACUGUCGGCGUGCUUUACACACUUACAGCUGUCUAAAUCAAAUAAAAAUAACUGUUUGAAAGUGAUAUAUACAAAGCC